AGGGCCGGGGGCGGGCGCUGGUACUCCGCCCCUCCCCGGUAAGGUUACGCACGAGGAGAGUUUGUGGGCAUCCCCACGCUCCCGUCAGCGUGGGUACCGGACCUGUCGGGGGCCAGCCCCUGCGUCAGCUCAGCGCGUCGGUCCUGGGUGCCCGGGCCCUGCUCUCUGUCACAGACCGGUUGAACCAGGGGAAGCGGCUACGUGGCUUGGGGUAGACCAGGGACGGGCAUUAGCCAUCUAUGACUAAAGCCGACUGCGCAGGCUGGACUAGGACCUCGAUUUCCGCCUUCGGAGGUUCCCUCCCGCUCUGGGAAGAAGCCGGGAGGAGGAAGUGGAGAGGGAGGAGUCUUCGCCGGGAAUUGAGAAGUGUUUUUAGGAAAGAGGCGAGGCAUGGUCUGCGCCCUUCCAUACGCACUCCUGGAUGGAGCCAGCUGAGCCUCCACCUCUUGCCGGUCCUGGCCUGUCCCCGGCUGCUGGAAUGUGGAAGAUUCUGAUCCCCACUCUGGAGUGGACCCGGAGUGCCGGCUUGGGAGCACAUACACUAAAAUUGGAGCGGAUCUGGAGAUAAGGGGUUUGGAAAUGGAUGGGAAGGGAGCCUCCUUUUGGACUGACGAGCCGGUGGAGUGGGAGACACCAGACCUUUCUCAGGCCGAGAUUGAGCAGAAGAUCAAGGAGUACAAUGGCCAGAUCAACAGCAACCUCUUCAUGAGCCUGAAUAAGGACGGCUCCUACACGGGCUUCAUCAAGGUUCAGCUGAAGCUGGUGCGCCCCGUCUCAGUGCCCUCCAGCAAGAAACCCUCCACGCUGCAGGACGCCCGGCGGGGCCUAGGGCGGAGCACGGCCGUGAAGCGCCGCACCUCCUUCUACCUGCCCAAGGAUGCCGUCAAGCACCUGCACGUGUUGUCACGCACUCGGGCGCGAGAGGUCAUCGAGGCCCUGCUGCGCAAGUUCUUGGUGGUGGACGACCCCCGCAAGUUUGCGCUCUUUGAGCGGGCUGAGCGCCACGGCCAAGUGUACCUCCGGAAGCUGUCGGAUGACGAGCAGCCCCUGCGGCUGCGGCUCCUGGCAGGGCCCAGUGAGAAGGCCCUGAGCUUUGUCCUGAAGGAGAAUGAUUCCGGGGAGGUGAACUGGGAUGCCUUCAGCUUGCCCGAACUGCACAACUUCCUGCGCAUCCUGCAGCGGGAGGAAGAGGAGCACCUCCGCCAGAUCGUGCAGAAGUACUCCCACUGCCGCCAGAAGAUCCAGGAGGCCCUGCAUGCCUGCCCCCUGGGGUGACCCCUCGUGCCCCUGGGUGGAAGGAGAGUAGGCAGCACCAAGGGCGUGCGGUGUGAGUGUGACAGGGCCCAUGUGGCCUGAGGAAUGAGUGUGCAUGGAGGCCCUCAUCUUGCUGGCGGAGUGAACCCGGAGAACCGCAAAGGAGCUGGCCCCCUGCGUCCACAAGGUGUAGCAGAACAUGGCUCUGCCCCCUCUGCCAUUCACGUACUGAGUCAUGGUGGGCCAGGGGCGCCCUGGGAAGCUGCUCGUCUUGCAGCAGGGGUAGAGCAGACAGAAGUCUCCUUAAUUCGUGUCUCAGAUAUGAGAAUCUCGGAGACCCAACAAACGGAAUAGGGUCAUGUUUGCAGGGGUGAGGAUCCUCAUCUAUGGGGAAAGGUUGUAUGUUUUGGGUCUUGAGUGAGGUCUCGGGACGAGCCCUGUCAGAGCCAAGAGUGUGUGUUCGAGAUGAGUCAGGCAUCAAGGAAGCGUCCAGGUUUCCCCCACAGUGCCCGCUGGUUCUGCACACAGCCUGGGGGCGGCGAGCUGGCUCAUGGUGCAGCGACAGUGCCUCGGUGCCUCCUGCAAGGAGGACGUCCCGGGCCCGGGGUCUGUGUGAGUGUGGGCACUGGCCCAGGACCAUGCCUUGUUUGCCAGUCAAAGCCAGGGCUUUACCUUGGGUAUUUUGAUGAUGUGUGUGAAUGUAUACUGUUCUGUGGCCUCAGCUGAAUGCCUCCUGUGGGGAAAGGGGUGGGGGUGACGGUCAUCAUCAGGGCCUGGGGCCUGAGAAAAUUUGGCUGAAUAAAGAUUUAAGAAUCCGCA